AUGUAUGGCCCCGUCCUCGGCAGCAUCUCGCUGCUGACAGCCUCGGCCUCGCUCGCCCUGAGCCAGGCUGUCUGGCAGGAGAAUCAGGUCGACACAAGGAUAUGCCAGUGGAAACAACUUCGAGCCCAUGUCAUCAGAGACACGGUCUAUCUGGACGGCGGGGAUCUGUUGUGGCAGCCGGGCCUGGCGGACGGUUCCCUAGUCAGACCCGUCAACGACGACAACCCGCUGGGUCUCAUUUACACGCUCAAUUUCAGCACCCCCUUCAACACCACCCAGAACAUAUCGGCGAUUCUCGGAGCCAUAUCCAAAACCGGCGGAGCCGCCAAUAAUCUUGCCCCAAAUUAUUUUGACGGCGCUCUUCUGGGCAACCAUGAGGAGUUCUUUCUCUACGGCGGUCUGACGCCGAAAAACAGUGCCCUCACCGACCCCCCGGGAGACACAGUGCUGCGUUAUGAACGCUAUUGGUAUGGCCCGCCGCGGGAGAACUUCAUACCAGGGUUUGUAAGCCACAACCUUGGCCCCGAUACGACCCGUUAUGUUGCUUAUGGCGGUGCCGCGAGUGCGCCGUCCGAGAAUAUGGCUUGGUACUUUUCGGGUCUGCGCUCUGCGAGCGGAGGCGUCAUCUACGAUGUCGGCGGCAGGGACCAGUCAACACAAGCCGUCAACGUGUCCAACAGAUUGAUCACAGUGGACAUGGCAAGACAGCAGAGAGAAACAUUUAGCAACGUGACACUGCCACCUGACAUUCCCGGCAGGGCGAACCCGGAGCUGGUCUGGGUCCCCGUCGGUUCCCGAGGUAUAUUGGUUGUGCUUGGCGGCGUCGUGUUUCCGGAUUUUGUCAACAUCACCUCGAAAUCCUCGAACGAGGAAGCUAGUAGAGCGCAAAGCCCUUCGUUCAUGUCCACGAUCGACAUUUACGACGUCGCGAGUGGCAAUUGGUACCGUCAGAACACGACUGGCGGCCCUGGCCAGCUCACUCGUGGAUGUGCAGUUGUCGCGCCGGCCCAGGACGCCUCAAGCUACAACAUCUACUAUUACGGCGGAUACGACGGUCUGCGCCAGAGGGAACCUUUCAACGACGACGUGUGGGUUUUGUCUUUGCCGUCCUUUACAUGGGUAAAGUUGACGUCCAGUGACGCUGAAGGACGUGCUGGACACAAGUGCGUCAUGCCGUACCCGAAUCAAAUGCUGGUCAUCGGAGGUUAUCCCGCCGAACCAGCAUCGAUUCCCACGUGUCUCACAGAGACAAUUCGAGUAUUUGAUCUUUCCACGGGAGCUUGGAGAGACCGGUAUGAUCCCGCUGUGUGGAGCAAUUAUACCGUUCCUAGCCAGGUUGUCGAGAAAAUAGGCGGUUCUGGCACAGGAGGUGCCACAGCGACGACGCCGAGCCCCUCCGGAUGGGUUUCAGAUGAACUCGCCAGCGUGUUUGCGACUCAAUACCCGGCAAGCAAAAUCACAACGUACUAUCCGUACGCAUCCGUCGGCCCGUCGAACACUACGAACCCGAAUGUUACUCCGACCCCUGUACCAGAUGGCGGCGACGGCGGCGUACCUUCGUAUCUCCCGCCCGUGCUAGGAACGGUUCUGGGUCUAGUGUUUCUCACUAUGGUUGCCGUGCUGGUCUUGCUCUGGAGACGGCGAAGGCUCUUGCGCGGCGCUCCAAGCGAAGCCGGCACGGAAGACACCAGGGGGAACCGCAUCGCCUCGUGGCUGCGUGGGCAGCCCACGCAACCCAGCGAAGCCAAGACACCCACCGUCGUCUCGACAGAAUACUCGCCCUCGAGCAGUCCCGAUGUAGAGCGUGUCGCUGUUCCCCCACAGUCAAUCGUCGAGAUGAUGAAUACCGAGGUUUCAUUGCCUGUUGAGUUGCCCGACAAUUCUCCUCGAGCAGAGCUUUACGGCACCGGCUUGACGGGCAACCGCUCGCAGCUGGGCGGCUCGCUCAACAACGGCUCCUUCUACAUCACUGGCACGCAGCAGGCUGACCACGCCAGCCUGGGGUCCAGCCCGACGCCGCACCCUCCGCCGCCACCAGCACCACCAACUGAAUCACCCGUAUACUACCGCCCAGACUCGGAGGCUCUAGGCAACGCGCCGAUGACGUCGGCGAUGACGUCCCCCACCACAACAACCACGGCCAGCCCAAGCACGGUUCGCGGCAACAUCCUCUCGGGAGUGUCGAACCUCAGUGAGCGCGACCGUGCGCACCUCCGUCAGAUCAGCGACGCCACCGUCAGCUCGGUGACGUCGGCGCCUGGCGGCGACGGCCGCCUUUUUGCCGGUGGAACCGUCGCAGCACUGGAAGGGUUUGUUGAGAGCCCGGCUCCGGUGUCACCACCUAUCGGGGCCGCUGGAGGGGGCGAUUAUCUCACUGCGCGGCUUGGGCAUGGGCCGGCGUCUGUGUCGACGUCCGCGUCGAACGAGAGUUCCCAAAGGAGGAGUGUAUUUACGGAGAGACGGGAAGAUAUGAAUGAAGGGAAGAGUGGCUGA